GGGAAAGUUUGGAGCUGCCCGAUGCUGACAUGCAGAUCAGUACCCGCCUUCCCGGGCCUGUUCAAAUAGCGAGCACCGCGUCCACCCCGGCCCCGAAAAGCCUCAUCCCACCCCCUCCGGCUCGCCCGGAGCAUGGAGCGGCGGCCAGCCCCGCAGCGCCCUGUCCGGCCCCGCUGAGCCCCGCGGGCUGCCGCCGCCUCCUCCCCGCUCGCCCUCGCCCCUGCACUUGUCGGAUGCGGACGGGCCCGGCCCCGGGGCUGUGACCGGGGGGGAGGAGGCAGGAUGCACCCCGACGUGGCUCUGCUCUGCCUCUUCUGCUGCGGAGUGCUGCCCCGCGCCGAGCCCCGGAGGGAGCCCACGGACGCCGGGCAAUGCGAGCUGCCCCGAUCGCAGGGACACCUGAACUCCUUCCUGUGGACCAUCCGACGGGACCCCCCGGCCUACUUGUUCGGCACCAUCCACGUGCCCUACACGCGGGUGUGGGACUUCAUCCCGGAGAACUCCAAGGCCGCUUUCCAGGCCAGCUCUGGCGUGUACUUCGAGCUGGACCUCACCGAUCCCUACACCAUCUCCGGCCUGGCCAGCUGUCAGAUGCUGCCCCAUGGGGAGAACCUGCAGGACGUGCUGCCCCGCGAACUGUACCGCCGCCUCAAGCGGCACCUGGAGUACGUCAAGCUCAUGCUGCCUCACUGGAUGACCCCGGACCAGCGGGGCAAGGGGCUCUAUGCCGACUACCUCUUCAAUGCCAUCGCCGGCAAUUGGGAACGCAAGAGGCCCGUCUGGGUGAUGCUGAUGGUCAACUCCCUGACCGAGACGGACAUCCGCUCCCGAGGAGUGCCCGUGCUCGACCUCUACCUGGCCCAGGAGGCUGAGAGGAUGAAGAAGACAACUGGAGCGGUGGAGAGGGUGGAAGAGCAGUGCCACCCGCUGAACGGGCUCAACUUCUCCCAGGUGCUGUUUGCUUUGAACCAAACCUUGCUGCAGCAUGAAAGUCUACGGGCAGGCAGCUUGCAAGCUCCGUACACCACUGAAGAUCUCAUCAAGCAUUAUAACUGUGGAGACCUGAAUGCUGUCAUAUUCAACCAUGAUACUUCUCAGCUCCCGAAUUUCAUCAACACAACCCUCCCGCCCCACGAACAGGUGACAGCCCAGGAGAUAGACAGCUACUUCAGACAGGAGCUCAUCUACAAGAGAAAUGAGAGGAUGGGGAAAAGAGUGAUGGCCCUUUUAAAGGAGAACAUGGACAAGAGCUUCUUCUUCGCUUUUGGAGCAGGUCACUUCCUGGGCAACAACACUGUGAUUGAUGUGCUGAGACAAGCGGGAUUUGAAGUGGAGCAUACACCUGCUGGACAGCCAAUUGGAAACUCAAGGAUGAAGAACACAAGUCCAUCUUCAGAGGCCUCCUCAGGAACCACUGCACCAGCCGACCACGUUUCUGAGCAAGUGCCAUUGUCUUCUCCUUCUCUGAAGCCUCUUCAGUCUGGUGAAGAAGACAGCCUGCCUCCUCAUCUCCUGCUGCCAGAUAGCAUCAGCCAGCUAGAAGAGUUUGGCCGACAGAAGAAAUGGCACAAGAAGCAGCACAAACACUAUCGCCAAAGGCAGUUCAAUGACCUGUGGGUUCGGAUAGAAGACAGCACGACCACAUUACCUUCCUACGUCAGGAUCACCAAUGGUUACAUCACGGUCAAGCCCCCCAUUUGGAUUUCAAACCGACUGGAUCAGAGACCACGUUCAGAUCGCCCCUCUCACCAUCAACCCAAAAGCUCAGCGCCAGGCAGUGUGUUGGUGCCAUCACUAACUGCUUCUUUCUGUGUAGCAAUAGCUUCUUUCCUCCUGAGUCUACUGAGGCCUUCCUGACGCACCUCAUUUCAUGUGCAAUAGCCAGAGGAGAGAGCAGAGAUAAUUUAUGACCCAACGGGAGGCUUGUUCAAGAGCAGUUUCAACCUGGACUUUCUAACUGAAGGGAAAUGGUUGUGCCUCUAGCUGGUUUUGUUGCUUUCCCAGAUACGUUUUAAAACUCUAAAGCUUUAUGGUAACACUGACUUACAUCUUCUUUUUGUAGAAGGAUCUUUAUUUCCCAUAGUGCUAUGGGGCUUUGUAAAAUAUAUGUGUUCAUAUAUAAAAAAAAAAAAAAAGAAAGAAGUGUAUUUAUUCGACUGGUAAACUUAUUGUUGUUUUAUAUGUUAAUACCAUCCCUAUUAAACAGUAGCAAUGGUGAAA